ACCUGGGCUGACCUUCUCAUGCCACAAUAAAAUCCUUUUCGACCGUUUGGCCAGUCUGGAAAAAGUGCGUUCAGCCGAAGUCGAGGGAGCGCUUAGGUGCUCGCGUCGGGUGGCCAAUGAGCAUCGAGAAUUGGCUUUCACAGAUAGAAGCCCUACGCCACCAUAGCCAACCAACUGUCAAUUCUCGACAUCGAAUGGAGAUCUACAAAAACAUCGGUGUGCUCUAAUCCCCCACUAACAAUAAUAAUUAAAAAUCACCAAUUCCGCGUGCGGCGCGGUCAACGGCGGGGUGUUGAUAUACCUGGGUUCCUUGCCCUCUUCCCCUUUCCCCCUCCUUCGAGUCUUUCCCACAACAUUUGGAUUUGGUCAACUUUUGUACUUGGUCAAUAACUUCGUUAUUCAUUCCAAGGUUAUCGAUUGUUUGGAUCAAUUUGUUAGGCGUCGCGAUGGCGCACUCAUCAUAUAGUUUGGCGAACUCGUCAACUAUGCGAACAGUGUACAGAUCCUCGACGCAGUCGGCCAACUCAUCGGCCAUCACAUCGCAUCCAGUGGUUGCCACAACUAGUCUGCAAGCUUCGCCAACGACCAGCGGACUUUUAAUCAGUGAAUCAAGCCCACCUGUUCGAGCCAACGAUUCGAGCAGUAGAUUGUCUUCAAGCCAUGGAUUCAGUACACUUGCAAUUGUUGGUGUAUUAGCUGGGACAGCCUUCCUCCUCCUUUGCGUCCUAAUCAUUGCAUUGCUGUUGCGGAGACAUAAGAGAAAGGAAUAUAAGAAGAUGUUGGAGAGAAAUACAAGCAGCAAGACCAAUAGCCCGAGUUUAUCAAAUGGCAGCAUGAAAGGCAUAGUGGUCACAAAAAGUGUGGAAAGCAAGGUUGUGCCGGUCCAACUCGAGGAUCUUGAGGCGAAAUCAAAUCGAUUCAGUGCCCAGAAGAUCCCCAGAUGAUUACAUCCGAACAAUCUGGACCAAACUACACGACCUAGAAAAUAGCAGUUCGAUGGGAUGCAUUCCAUUAACUAUUCGCUUAUCGCCAGCGCUGUUUUCCGAAAGUUACACGCGCCGAUAAUCAGUCUGGUGGAAAAGACGACGAAGUCCCUGCAGUACUAUUUAUCAAGUGGCACCUGCGCCUAUCUGAAUGUUAGCCGCAAACUCUCACACCACAGA